ACUUGACAGUUGACACUAGAUAGGAGACUAGAAUUGAUUGAAAAUGAUAUUUUAAUAAAAGUGUUCGCAUUACAUACAUUUCAAUUUUGUAUAAUUUAAGAAAUCCUUUUAUUAUACUUACGUGGCAUAGGCAAUAUAUUUAAAUUUACCAAUAUGUGGGGCGAUUCUUUGUUAAUAGUCUUUAUUUCAAUAUGCACUGCAUUUUUGGGAGAAGGAUUGACCUGGAUUUUAGUAUAUCGAACCGAAAAAUACCAGAAACUAAAAGUUGAAGUUGAGCGCCAAAGCAAAAAACUGGAAAAGCGUAAGGAAGCACAUGGAGAUUCUUUAGAUAAGCAACAUAAGAAAAAAAUAGAACGAGAAGAAGAAAGGCUUAAAAACAACAAUAGAGAUCUUUCUUUAGUUAAGAUGAAGUCAAUGUUUGCAAUUGGUUUUGCAUUCACAGCAUUGCUGAGCAUGUUCAAUAGCAUAUUUGACGGAAGAGUUGUUGCUAAGCUCCCUUUCUACCCUAUUUCCUGGAUUCAGGGAUUGAGUCACAGAAAUUUACCAGGAGAUGACUACACUGAUUGCUCAUUUAUAUUUCUUUACAUUUUAUGCACUAUGAGCAUAAGGCAAAAUAUUCAAAAGCUAUUAGGUUUUGCUCCAUCACGUGCAGCUUCUAAGCAAGGAGGUGCUUUAUUUGCAGCUCCACCAGCCCAAUUUAAAUAGGAAAAUUCAGUAAUAAGUAAAUGAUUAAA